AUGCCUCCAAGACUAAGCAAGCGACAGCAACGGGAAUUGGAAGAGCUCGAAGCGCUGGGAGGAUCCUCAAAAACUGACAACUUUGAAUAUAGCGAAGAGGAAGAGACAGCGAAGCCUACUGUCGCUGGCUUUGCAGCAUUAUUUGACCCUGCAGACGAUGAAGAUGAUGGUGAUGACUUGGUAGCGCCUUCAACAAAAUCGAAGAAGUCCAAGAAGAAGAAAAAGGCUCCAGCAGCAGCUGCCGCCACCAUUGAUGCUCCGCCUAAAGUAUCUCGUUCCAGCACACCGACGGUGAGGAAUGAGAAAAAGGCGGCAAAAAAGGCCAAAGCAAAGGCUCGGAAAGCGGACAAGGAUGAACUUGACGAGGUGCUUGCAGAACUCUCAUUAAAGUACUCCAAUGCACCUUCAUCUUCCGGCACUGCCACUCAAGCUUCUGUGGACGCACUGGCCUCUUUGUUAUCCGUGUCAUUAUCCCACCUCGACAGUGAAGCCGAGAUGCGCAAGUUCUUUGGCUCCAAGGUCGUCCAAGCGAGUAAAGCAGAUACCCCAGGAGCGACAUCAUCUUCUCGGAGGCAGCCUACCGCACUGCGCUCCCAUCUGACCCGUCCGCAGCCAGCCUGGGCCCAAGCACGGACGCGUGAAGGCUUAUCAAUUCGGCCUCUUACUGAUGGCGAGUUGAAGCACCAAGCAGUCGAUUUCGUUCCAGGCGAGAAAUGGUGGACUGUCGGAUAUAGUAAAAAAUACAAAAGUAUGACGAAGGUGUUCAUACAGACCGUACAAGCUGGUGAUCCUCAGGGUCUAUUCGAUAUGUGCAGGAGUAUGCCUUGGCAUGCCGAUACCUUAUUACAGAUGGCCCAAGUAUUCAGACAUCGUGAGGAACAUUCUCAAGCCGUCGACUUUAUCGACAGAGCAUUGUUUGCCUACGAGCGUUCCUUCAUUGGAGCGUUCACGUUCACAAGUGGUCUGAAUCGCCUCGCGUUCGACUUUGUCGAGAAUCGUCCCUUCUUUUUGGCUCUACAUCGCCAAGCAGCGGACCUUCAGCGUCGAGGAUGUCUACGCACGGCCUUUGAGUUUGCGCGACUAAUGUACUCGCUUGACCCGUGGAACGAUCCCCAUGGGGCUCUUUAUCAUCUUGAUUAUCUUGCUUUCAAGGGUAAUAUGACUGGAUGGCUAUUGGAAAUGUUCGAUCUCUUCAAACAGAAGCGUCAGGAGAAGGGGGUUCGUAUCAAUCCAAGUAUACUACCUGGAUGGAUGUAUGCGCGAGCUUUAGCACUGAGAGUAAGCCGUGACGCCAAGCAACGGGAAUUGAGCGCAGAGGCAUUGAUUGAGGCUGUCAAAUCUUUUCCCUCCGUUGUUCCUGUUCUAGCGGACAAACUCGAAGUCUCGUUGUCCGCAUCUAUACGUGGCCAUCGUGACUUCAGAAUCGAAACCGAUGGAAGCUCGUUGAAAGAACCGGUUGCAAUUCUUCACCUGUUGUCUCACCUGUAUGUUCAGCGGUCAUUGCCAGUAUGGAAAGAUCAUGCCGAGUGGUUCAACGAGACCGUAACCACGUAUUUUUCCAAGACGCCCCUCCCAUCUUCUCUUCCCAUUACAAACGAGCGCAAGAUAUUCUCAGAACUGUUCAGCCACACGAACCUGCAGUAUACAGCUUAUAGGCAUGUUAUGGUGCUAGAAUACCGCAACCUGUUCAGGUACAUUCCCAGGGAGAUCCUCGCCCGGAAGUCUUUGGACUGUGAUCCCCUGCCUCCCCCAACAGCUGUAACAAACUACGACGAGGCAUUCUUUGAAGGCGUUGACAUCAAUAUGCACGAACCUCUGACUAGACGCCGACGUCAAGCACAGGAGAGAAGACUAGCACAAAUCGUUCCCGACGCGAAUACUAGAGCACAAAUAGAGGCUCUAAUGGCUGCACCUCAAGUCGCCGCGAUGUUUCCCGGUGGUGUCGUGCAGUUCCUGCAGGCAUUCCAGGAUCUCCCUCAGGAUCUACUAGAUAACCUUCAGGACAUCAUGGUCCAGAAUGAAGCAGGUAUGGGGAUGCCUGGGGGAAUGCCCGGGGAGAUUGAAGUCGAAUGGGCAGAUCAGGAACCUGAACCCGAACCUGAACCGGCAGUAGCUGAAAGUGACAACGAUGAGGAUGAAGAUGAAGAUAGCGAGGAAGAUAUUGCUCCGAUGACUGGGCCCUUCCGGAUGUUCAGCAAUUGGGUAGGAAGUUUCUGGGGUAGAAAUAACGCGGCGGAAGCGUCAGAGUCGGACUCCGACGAGGAGCAGCGAAGGCAAGCCGAAGCAGACAUAGAUUAA